AUGAGUCAGAGCAUGAACCAGGCUUUGCUCCUGUUCGUCCCGCUCUUGUUGGGUUCUGGACUCCUCUGGUGCAUUUUCCGUCUGAGAACCAGUCGGGCGGCAGCGGCGGGCAGCAUGGAAAGCGGGUAUGCUGGGGACGGGUGGGGGGUUGGUCCCGUUGUCGGGAUCAUCAUCUUUGCUCCUGUCACUACGGAGAGAUGCUAUUUGCGGUGUGGGAGGUGCGGUCUCUUGUUUUGA